AAGGAUCCUCUCCACCAGCAGACUGGGAGACACAGCAAAGAGGAUUGAGACGAGGGCAACAGGAGAACAGGACCAGAGCAUUGUGGAUUCUAUGUGCUAGUGACCAACAAGAGAACAAACGGGUGCUUAAUAACCAUUUCACCCCGGCGAGUCUGUGAGAGCCCACUCCAGUGCUGACUCUGAGAAGAUGGACAUCCUUGAGACAGCUGCAUAUGACAGGAGGCAGAAGAGAAACGUGUCCUGCGCCCUGCUCUUCUCCCUCUUGCCUUUCUUCUUGUCCACAGCUGUGUACUUCUACCUGUGGACUCCUGACUGGCCUGAGUCCAUCGUGUCAGCAGGUGUCAAAUCAGCGCCAACCCUCCUGCUGGCUGCAGUAGUGCUGAGCUGGAAUGGAGGUCAGAGUGUCCUGGGUGUAGGAGGAGGACUGGUUUUCUCCGCUGUUGGCGACUGCUGCUUGGUAUGGCCUGAGCUUUUCGUACAUGGGAUGGGGGCUUUUGCUGUAGCUCACCUGAUGUACUCCAUCACCUUCCUCUCCAGUCGAUAUGCACCAAAGUCCUCUUCCUCCUGGAAACGUGUUGUGUAUCUGAUCAUAUUUUUGGCAGCAGGAGCUUUCUAUUUCUACAUAUACCCUUUCUUGCAGAAGGCUCCAGACUCAGAUCUGAUCGUUCCAGGUGUCGGGGUUUAUACCGCCUUGAUUUCUCUUAUGGGAGUAUUAGCUCUUCGAACCAACCACGUACCAACAGUGUUAGGAAGUCUGAGCUUCAUAGUGUCUGACGUUGCACUGGCUCUUCAGAUUUUCAAGGUGACCCCACAUCUAAAGCAUGGCAACAAUAUUGUAAUGGUGACGUAUUAUUUGGCACAGCUACUUAUCACUGUGGGUGAUGUCAAAGCAGUGGGCAACAAGGAUGAGUUUGAUAAAUGGAAGAGGUCCUAAACAGCAUCUCUAAAACACUUGCACUGGAUACUUCCCAUUGAUUUUGGGUUUGUCAAUCAAAAUACAGGAAAAGAGGAAGCUCAACUCAGGAAGGACAGUUCUUCCACUUGUCCACACCAUUACAACUGAAAAAGGUGGACUAAAACAGCACCAACACCACGAUACACCGUUAUGUGUGAUACUGACAGGCACAAAAGUUUUCAACAAGCAAGACUGAGACAAAAUCACUUUAGAGUUGUGCCAAUAUUAUUUUUAAUCAGUGAUUUUGAGUAGCAUUCCUGUUUUAGCGUAGGUGUGCAUGUGGUUUUGAACUGGCCAUUGUAUGUAUAAUGACUCAAAUUUGUUUUUGUAAUAAUAAUAAGUAAAUAUGGUAUGA